AACCACCCAUCAUCCCCUUCUCCUUCUCUCACAGGGCUGUUAUGUGUUGGCUACCUGCACUCUAAGUCUGUGCGGAUAAUCCCCCCCUUUUUCUUUUUCUUUUCCUUUCUCUCUUCUCUCCGACUCUCUCCCCUUAUCCCAUUUCUCCAUCCCAACAUCUCGCUCAUCCAACCCAGCAAAGGAACUAUCUAACCGCUCGAAGCACGAUAUCCGGAAAGGCUCAACGAGAGACCUCGAUAUACUCUCUGUUCUCGACGGCACUUCUAAUCAGUCUUACUCUGACCUCAGCUUUGUUCGCGCGUUAAUAUUCUAUUCCUUUCUUCUUCUUCUUCUUCUUCUUCUUCUUCUUUCUUUCCCGUUUACGGAGACAUAACUGGCGCUAUUUAAAACAACUGUCCCCGUUGACUUGCUUCCGCUCACUUCCUCGGUAAACGCGCCUCUAUCGGACGACAGAUCGGACGAUAUAUAAUCCUUCCCACCCAUUACAAACGCCAUGUCCCGAAACUUGCUAGACCAGGACUUUGGGUCCGAGGAGGAGGACGAUGAUUUUAACCCUGCGCCUGCGGACGAUUCCGACAACGAGAAUGCGGUUAAUCACAGGUCUGCGAAUCGGAAUCGCGUAGAGGAUGACGACGACGACGACGACGACGAAGACGAUGUCAGAGUUGGGGGAGGCAGGUCUCAGCAACGCAGGGAUUAUAGCGAUGAUGAGGCGCAGGACAAACGUGGUGGAGAUGAUGCGGAGGAUGACUUCGACGACGAUGACGGAAGAAGGGAUGAUGACAACGAGGGAGAGGAGGAGGACGACGACGAUGAAGACGAGGAAGAAGACAAUGAUGAUGAGGAUGCCGUUUCGGGUCGACCAUCAAAGCGCAGAAAGAGACCCGGCGUUCAGAAUUUCUUCGAAGAAGAGGCUGGUGUGGAUGAGGACGAAGAUGAGGCCGAAGACGAGGAGGACGAGCUGGCGGAGUUUGGUGGGGAGAUGCACCCUGAUGAUAUGGAUGCGCUUCCGGCUGGAGCUGAAACGGACGACCGUCGUCACAGACAACUUGAUCGCCAGCGUGAGCUAGAGGCCAGCAUGGAUGCUGAGAAGCAAGCGCAGAUGCUCAAAGAGCGUUAUGGACGAAACCGCGCCGCUGCCUCCGAUGCAGUUGUUGUCCCAAAACGCCUUUUACUCCCUAGUGUGGACGACCCGAGUAUCUGGGGUGUCCGGUGCAAGGCUGGCAAGGAGCGCGAAGUGGUUUUUGCUAUUCAGAAGCGCAUCGAAGAGCGACCUCCUGGUUCGCGCAAUCCCCUCAAAAUCAUCUCUGCGUUUGAACGUGGCGGUGCCAUGAGUGGCUACAUCUACGUCGAGGCGCGCAGGCAGGCCGAUGUCAUGGAUGCCUUGCAGGACAUGAUGAAUGUUUACCCUAGGACAAAGAUGAUUCUCGUCCCUGUCAGAGAGAUGCCAGACUUGCUACGAGUACAGAAAUCGGAAGAGCUCAACCCCGGUGGCUGGGUUCGUAUCAAACGUGGCAAGUACCAGAGCGAUCUGGCUCAGAUCGAGGAGGUAGAGACGAACGGUCUUGCAGUAACAGUCCGCCUAGUUCCUCGUCUGGAUUACGGCAUGAAUGAGGAUAGCGGUGCUCCUGUUGUUGAUCCAAAGAGGAAGCGACCUGGCGCAAAUCCCGCCGUUGCUCGUCCUCCACAGCGUUUGUUCAGCGAAGCGGAAGCGAAGAAGAAGCACGGCAAAUACCUUUCUGCUACCUCCGGCCUGGGUGGAAAGUCCUGGAGCUAUCUUGGUGAAACCUAUUUCGAGGGCUUCUUGAUCAAGGAUAUGAAGGUGCAGCAUCUCAUCACCAAGAAUGUCCAUCCUCGACUUGAAGAAGUCACUAUGUUCGCUCGAGGGGCUGAAGACGGCACUUCGAACCUCGAUCUCGCUUCGCUCGCUGAAACGCUCAAGAACUCGACUGCAGAAGAUUCAUAUCUUCCCGGCGAUCCUGUCGAGGUGUUCAAGGGCGAACAGCAAGGCCUUGUUGGACGCACGAGUUCCACCCGCGGAGAUAUUGUAACUAUCCAGGUAACGCAAGGCGAGCUGGCUGGCCAACUGAUCGAAGCUCCCGUCAAAACCCUCCGAAAGCGCUUUAGGGAGGGUGACCAUGUCAAGGUUAUUGGUGGUAGCCGAUAUCAAGAUGAGCUGGGUAUGGUUGUACAAGUAAAGGACGAUACAGUCACUCUUCUCAGUGAUAUGAGCAUGCAGGAAAUCACCGUCUUCAGCAAGGAUCUUCGUCUGUCUGCUGAGACCGGUGUUGAUGGAAAACUUGGCAUGUUUGACGUUCACGAUCUGGUACAGUUAGACGCCGCGACUGUUGCUUGCAUCGUCAAGGUUGAUCGUGAAUCCUUGCGAGUGCUGGACCAAAAUGGUUCUAUCCGUACUAUUCUUCCUACCCAAGUCACCAACAAAAUCACACCGCGUCGUGACGCUGUGGCGACUGACCGGAACGGCGCUGAGAUUCGACAUGGAGAUACCGUUAAAGAAGUUUAUGGCGAGCAGAGGAAUGGCGUGAUACUCCACAUUUACCGCUCAUUCUUGUUCCUGCACAACAAAUCCCAGGCCGAAAACGCAGGUAUCACGGUUGUACGCACCACGAAUGUGGUCACCGUAUCUGCCAAAGGUGGUCGAUCUACGGGCCCCGAUCUCUCCAAGAUGAAUCCAGCCAUGAUGAGAAAUGGUGCUCCAGGCAGCAUGAUGGCGCCUCCUCCCGCGAGGAACAUGGGACGGGAUCGAUUGGUCGGAAAGACUGUUUUGAUCAAGAAGGGGCCUUAUAAGGGCCUUGUGGGUAUCGUCAAGGAUACCACAGAUACACAAGCGCGGGUAGAACUUCACACCAAAAACAAGAUUUUAUCGAUACCCAAAGAGCUUCUUGUGGUGAAAGAUCCUCUCACUGGUCAGACAAUCGAUAUAUCUCGCGGCAAAGGAGGACCCCGCGUUCCACACGGUAACUCAGCAGCUCCGCCAUCCGGCUGGCAAGCUAGCCGCACCCCGAUGGCUGCCGGAGAUUCCUCAAGGACACCAGCGUGGGGUGGAGCAAUGUCUUCGAGAACUCCUGCUUGGGGCGGCGGCGGUGGUGGUCUCGGCUCUCGCACCCCAGCCUGGAAGGCUGACGGAUCACGAACCUCAAACCCCUACGACGGCAGUCGAACUGCAUACGGCGGUACCGGCUCCCGCACCCCAGCCUGGAACGCAGGUGCCCGAACUCCCUACGGCGGCAGCUCCGGGUCCGGGUCCAGCGACUUUGACGCCUUCGCAGCCGGCUCUAGGACUCCUGCCUGGGGAAGUGCCAACACCGGCAAUCGCACUCCCGCUUGGUCAAUGGGCGGGAGCAGCGGUGGGGCCUCAUCGAGCAACGGCACUAAAGAAUCGCGCGGUUACGAUGCACCCACACCUGGAGCAGCUUACUCGGCACCUACCCCAGGCGCAUAUGGCGGCGCACCAACACCAGGUGCAUCCGCCCCUACUCCUGGGGCCUGGGCAGAGAGUGCCCCGACACCGGGGGCUUUCAAUGCACCCACGCCCGGCGGCCCAUCAAGACGAGCGUACGAUGCCCCCACACCAGCUGCUGAUUUCGAUAGUCGUCCAUACGAUGCGCCGACACCCGCGAUGGGCGGCGCGGCCGCGACACCUGCAGCAUUCGGCGACGGAGAUGAUGGCGGACCUCGGUAUGAAGAAGGAACACCUAGUCCCUGAAAUGUCCAUUUUCAUUUUCUAUCUCAAUUCUACAAAAAAAAACUCGGGCGUAUUUUUAUCUUAUUUUUUUUUCCCCCUUGCUUAUUAUUCCACCUUAUGUUUUUUUAACCUUUUUUCUUUUCUUUGAGAUCCUCUUUACCUACCUAUCUAUCUAUUUAUCAUACAGGGGCGUACUUGAUUAGCUACCUACCAUUGAUUACUUACCUACCUACCUACCUACCUACCUACCUAGUACAGUGUAUUCUCUUUGCAUGUAGGCCACGUCCAGAUUACUCCAUCACAAUCACAAUUAGUUCAACAAUCAAGUACUGGAUCUUCU